ACACCUCUCCGUGGCUGACACUGUCCCGGCACUCUGAUGGAGGGGCUCCUCGGUGCCAUGGACCUGUAACACUCAUACAUGAAUCUCGAGGCUUCAGCACCCAAUAAACGGCGAACUACGAUAGCGUUUCCCGAAGUCACAGCAAACUUGCUAAAAAAUAUAUUUGACAUAUACUGUAUUGUACAGUACUCAUUGAUAUUCUGAAACAGUUUGGAAAUUAUAGUCGCCAAUUUAGAGUCGUCUUUUUUGUUAAUGUUAAGGGAAAGAGUGAAAGUUUGUUUUGGAAAUGUUAUGAGUUUUGGAAAUGAAGGGAAAUAUUAUGCAUGCAUUUAGGUUGUAAUUAUGUAAGACCUGAUUAAAAAUGGCAACUACCUGUGAAGUAAAGAGACAGUGGAGAUGGGUCAGCUGACCCCACCAGCUAGCCUUAUAAAGCUGACGUCACCCACUGAUUCACUCCAUUGGCUACCUUCACGGCUGACCUUUAUACGACUAACUCCACGAGCUGACGUAAGCAGCUGACCCCAACUACUUGGACCAACUACUGAUCCUAACAGUUACCACACCGGCUAACUCCACCAGUUCAACCUAGCAAAUGACCCCAUCGAGGGACCUAACCAGCUGACCCAAUCGGUUGACGCCAUCUGCUAACGUCACCAACUAAUCCAUGAGCUACCAUGAACAAAUGCAGCAUGAGAUGGGUGUGGCGCGUGUUGGUGCGGUCUAGUUUCCUCCGCUCUGUGUUGGUCUUCUUCUUCUUCUUCUGCUUCGCCUUCCACUUCCUCUGCCUUAUCAAGACGACACAAUUUGGUCGAGUGGACGAGGGACAGGAUUUCUCAAACGUUGUUGGCGUAGAGGAGAGAGCCGUGGAGGGUGAGGAUAAUGAGCAGCAGCACCAGCAGCACCAGCAGAAGCAGGAGGAACCCUUACAUACUCCUGACGACCCCAAUCUUGGCCCCCUCGACGUCUGGAUACAGGCGAGUAACGAUCGGAAGGUGUUCGUAUAUUCAGCUUACCUGGAUCGUAGAGGCAACUUCAAUAAUAUAAGAAUCAUCACCAUCAUUUCUAAGAGGACGAAGGUUCAGGGAUGUGUGGUAUGGACGGGCAAUACUACAGAGCGAGUGACGGCCAAGACUCAGAAAAUCAGGGAAAACUGGAACCUGGCUUAUACUGCAGCGUUCGUUCUCUGUCACCUGACGGACACUACCAGCAUCCCUACCCGCGUUGCUGUGGUGAUGGAUGAUCAAGUUAAAGAAGCCUCCAGUUUGCCAGUUCAAGACCUCAACGAAAGGGGGCUGAUGGGUAACAUGAGUGUGUGUAUUAAGCCAUUCCAUUAUAAUUUCGAUAGAGCUGUUUGGUUGGUCGAAUUUAUAGAGUUCUAUCGCCUGCUCGGGGCUGAUAAGUUUAUUUUCUAUAAUCACACGACGGGCAGUAAUGUAGAAGCUGUUCUAAGACAUUACCAGGACUUGGGAGUGGCGACAAUUCUUCCGUGGGAGUUGCCAGUUAUUACGCAGAAAGAAAUAAGGACGGAAGGCAUCUUCGCGGCCCUCAACGACUGCAACAUGCGCUCCAUCAACAGGUUCCCUUUAUCGGCUAUGGUCGACGUGGACGAGUUCCUUAUACCUAGGAAACACAACAACCUCCUUGACCUAGUGAGCACCUACGGCGAUAAAGGCAGCACCUUCAUCUUUCAAAACGUAUUUUUCUACCUAUACUGGGAGAACGACACAGCAGUCCACGAUGCUCUCUUUGCCAAUGAUAAUGGUCUCGGAUAUGAUUUCUUCGACGGCGAGGAAGCUUUUCCUUAUCUCCUGACGGCCUUCAAGACCCGGAGGCUAAAUAAACCACACAAACACGGCCAGAGGUCCAAAUUCAUCGUGAGGCCGGAGGGCGUGGUGGAGAUCGGCAACCACAACGUCUGGGAGUAUAUUUAUGGAAUCAAGAAGGCAAUUCUCGUUACACAAGACGUGGGUCUCUCUCAUCACUAUCGGAUCUGUGAGUUUGGGGGCUUCGACUGUCUCCAAGGACCUAACUCAGUGGACCGCGUAACACACAAAUGGUUGCAGCCCCUGGUGAAACGCGUCGCCAACGAGUGCACCAAAAUAUUCCCUUAUCUAGGAAGUUGCCCUGUAGCGCCUCCUCUAGGAUCCCCCUGGUGACCUCCUCUUCUCCUAGCGAAAUGAAUAAAGUGCCUUCAACACUAGUCGAACACACUGUGCCUUCAACACUAGUCGAACACACUGUGCCUUCAACACUAGUCCAACACACUGUGCCUUCAACACUAGUCCAACACACUGUGCCUUCAACACUUCCAACACACUGUGCCUUCAACACUAGUCCAACACACUGUGCCUUCAACACUAGUCCAACACACUGUGCCUUCAACACUAGUCCAACACACUGUGCCUUCAACACUACUCCAACACACUGUGCCUUCAACACUAGUCCAACACACUGUGCCUUCAACACUAGUCCAACACACUGUGCCUUCAACACUAGUCCAACACACUGUGCCUUCAACACUAGUCCAACACACUGUGCCUUCAACACUAGUCCAACACACUGUGCCUUCAACACUAGUCCAACACACUGUGCCUUCAACACUAGUCCAACACACUGUGCCUUCAACACUAGUCCAACACACUGUGAUUUCCAUCGUACAUCGAGUAAUCUUAAUUAAAUAUAUAACCGAGUGAACGGUUGAUAAUGCCUCUGGGCCAAGUCUUCCCUCUAAUCCCGGGUGGGGUAUAUACUCCUGAUGGGGAUGUCUGUGCAGCUGUGACUAACCUAAAAUAACCUGCCCUAUGCUUCCCUUACUUCACCUAUCUUAACGUAACUUAACCUACCGUCACCUAAUCUUACCUCACCUAACCUAACCUAACCUAAUCUACCUAAAUAAGCUGUUACAUUAAAGUUGGUUUAAACUUCAUUUAUGGCGUCCUAAGCAACCAACAUCCUUACGCUUAAACAUAUAUUGGCUGCUGGCUAAUUAAUAAAGAUUACGACUCACAUCAACCACGGAAAAUGAUUGGUGUUUAGAUAAGUCAAAAUAAUCAUAUAAUUAAUUUUGAGAUGGAUUAAUACCUGAUGAAUUCAGUCUUGUAAUUCCACUGAUGAAUCCAUAACUUAAUCUAAACACAGAUUCAUAACAGUAUAGAUGUUUUGGAUUACAACUGAUUAAGUUAAUAUCACAAUACUUGUACUACGCUUAUUUAUUUAUGGCUUCAGUUAUCAUUCUCAGUAUAAGGGUGAGGGACGGGAGCCAUUUGGUAUUUUUUUUUUUGUCGUAUAAUUCGCCAUCUACCACCCUCUCCUAUCUAUCCCCUAACUCAGCAUCACCACCGUUUAUACAAUACUAUCUUAUGCUAUUUAUUCUUAUCCAUAAAUUUGAACAGUGAAAUAGAGCGUGUUGAGAAGAAUAAAUUAUCCUCGUUCGCAGAAAACAGAGCGAGGAUGAGUCAAAUUCAGUUAUGUGUUGGUCACUUCUCGAGAGAAAUGAUUUUAAUUUACAAAAUCUAAACGUAAAACGAGUCUUACCUGUCCGUAUCCUAGAAUUGCUCUUUCGUCUUCAGUGCAUCAUAAAGGACACCGAGCUCUUGUUGCUGGUUUAGUGAUUAGGCUGUUUCAACACUCGUAAUCAGCCUGAUUACGAGUGUUGAAACAACCUUAAAGUUGACUGACCAUGGGAACAGGACGUCAACAAACCCUCACAGACACGACAGGAACGGAAUCCUCGACGUUUUUCAUGAUCCUUUUCGUCCCUAAAUGGAGAUAAUAUGAGAAAGCAUUACACUGGGUCACACACACACCGUUGAGUAAGAGAUAUCGUCACACUAUCAUAACUAAGAUACGUCCUCUCGUCCCAAGUGACGGAAAAUGAGAAAAAUACGGAUGAACCGGUGUGAGUGAAGGUUCACAAAUGAGCUUUAUUUUGGUGCUAAACAACACUAUUACUCUCACAAAAGGGAAAAUUUAUAGUAAAAAUACAGGAUAGAACUGGAUAUUUUUUUUACCUUGUAGUGGAAGAUUUGUAAUUUUUUUUUCUGGUGUGUUCCAUGUUAUUUUCUCGAAGACAUUUUAGUUUAUUUACUCUAUAUUGCUCUCCAAUUUUUCAUAUCUGCCUUUAAAACGGGUAUAAGGUUUUUUACAGUUCCAACUGUUGAAUGAAUAUUAAAGCCAACUUAUUUUUAAACAACAUCCCGCUUCCUCUAUCAAGGAAUAAACAAUUGAAAUUGAAAUUGAAUUAAAAUCCGAUAACACUUAAAGUAAUCUCCAGCAUUUGUCGACAGCUAUACCUCUUCAAAAUAAAGGAAAAUAAAGUUUCUGGUCUUAUUUAAUGUUUUAACAGACAAGAACUUUAAGGAAAAUACUGACUACUACGUUCAGGGAUUAUGAUCUGAUAUUGUCUUUUACUUAAGAAUUUUCAGCUGCUAUGGAUGUGUACAGUGUUUAGAAAUGUUUAGAUGUUAUUUUAGGUCCUCCACUGAUAGGGAACCUAUUGACUGCGGUUCACCUAAUACAAUUUUCAACAAGAACCGACUGAAAUCUUAAGUAUUUCAGUUGCUUUUAUAAUGUACUAACUUGCUUUAAUGUAUGGUCUUAAAACAGAGAUUGUAAUGUCAGCUGCAACACCAAACAAUCGAUUUUAGAAUGUUAUAAAAUAUAUUUUUGAGGUUAUUUUAGUGCGCAUCAACCGCUAAAACAAAAGCGAAUCACAGCAUAAAAUACAAAUGUAAACAAUAUAUUUAUAAACAGCAAAGUGAA